UCUGAGAGCGAGAGGAUGGCACCAUUGUAGCGGAAGAUCUGACCGUGAGCACAGCGCGAGAGGACGUGGUGACCGUGGAGCUUCAUUUCCACGGCUGACCGGCGCUAAAUAAAAUAGAUAAACUUUAUAACAGCAUGAAGGCGUCUGGUUUGUCAAGUUCCAGCUGGCGGAUGAGCGCCGGAUCCAGAACCAUCGACAGGAUGAACUGAGGCGCUGCGCGCGAGAGAGUUUUGCCACGGGCACGCGUUCGGUUUGACCUCUGCGGGGAUUCUUUCUGAGACAAACAGCCUGGUGAGGAUGAAUCAAUGAAGAAUGUGACCGCGCAUGACUCUCUCCAAACGGGGUGGAUGAAGCCGUCGGCGGUGUCAUGCGUCUUGCCCCGCAGCCAAGCGCGCAACCCUUGCGGAUCAUAGUUCUGCUCGUCCUUACCGCGGCGGUGAGCACGUCCCCGGUGCUGUCCACGGGCUGCCCGGAGAGGUGCGUGUGCGAUGACCAGCUGGUGGUCCAAUGCGCUGGGCAGCACCUGACCACCUUCCCGGUCAACUUGCCGUUGGCCACGCGGCAGCUCAUCAUCUCCAACAACCGCAUCGUGGAGCUUCCGCCACUUGCGCUCAACUACCUUUCGGACCUGGUGUACCUGGACUGCAGCAACAAUUCCCUCACGGAGAUAUCCGAGUCCACGUUUGGGAAUCUACGGAAGCUGGCCUACCUGGACCUCUCGUUCAACACCUUGAUCCGGAUCGAGGACAGGACCUUCGGGCCCUUGGCGAGCCUGGUAAUGCUGAGGAUGACCGACAACCCGGGGCUGUCGGAGAUUCACCAGGACGCCUUCGUGGAAAACGCGGCCCUCCAGGUGCUGGACGUCAGUCGGAACAACCUGACGGUGGUCAACAUCACCUCCCUGAUCGCGCUGCCCACCCUGCGCUCGGUGGGGCUCAGCGGAAACCCGUGGAGCUGCGAGUGCGACAACGAGGACUUGUGUCUGUGGGUCCACCUGGAGGGCUUCAAGUUCCAAGAUGAGGGCCAGACGGUGUGCGGCUCCCCUGCCGACAUGCAGGGUCGUCGUCUGGGCGAGGUGGGCCUCCAGCUACGGACGUUGUGUCACCAGACCCUGGGCUCCUGGGACUACCUCUUCUUCGUGGUCAUCGGCUUCGUCAUCUUUGCCGCCGGCACCGUGUCGGCCUGGGUGAUGGGCAUUGUUAUGGUGCUCUACGAGCGCUACAUCAAGAAGAAAGACGAACAGCUCGAUCCGGAGGACGAGGAGGAAUCCGGUGACACGGCCCGCAGCUUGCGAGCCAGGAGUGACCAUGGCAACGGGAAUUUGAAAACGUCACAAACUGUCUAAAAUGUCUCACCCCCCCCCAACCCUCCUUUGCCCAUCGCUGAUUCCCACAGUGCCUCCUGUCAACUUCCAGGACUGUCAUGAAGUCCAAUUAGACUGCAGAGUCUGUUUAACAGGCUUAGGUGGCUCUGAGAGAGAAAAGAGGAUUCAACAGAGAUGAGGUCAUGUGCAGUGUGGCGUCAGUUGAUGUAACGCACCUUCUGGCUGCCAUUACGGAGGUUUCCGCGGCAUUUGUGCAUCACUGGCGUUGUAUGCAAAUGUCAGACUGUUCGAUGUCAUUUUCUAAUGGGAUGUGGCCAAUAUCAGCUGGGCUUGGUACCAGCGAAGCCGCUAACUGGUGUGACCAUUACAGAAUGUUUUGGAUGGUUAUUAACUCGUUUGGGCAUGUGUGACAGUAUCAAUGUUCACAUUCACCAACUUAAAAAGUAUAGUUCACAUGUUAGGAACUUUGGUUGCCAAGAGUUGGAUGAGACGGUUGAUAACUUUAUUUAUCUUCUCAUCCAAUUAGAGGGAAGGCAGAUAAUAAGAGUGUUUCCCAACAUACAAGACGCAAUUUUUCUGUUCCUCUAAUUUUACAAAUUAGAUAUAUACAGACGUCACCAGUCAAUAUAACAAUAUAUUUCUAAACCCUACUUAAAUAGCUUUGUUUUCAAUAGAAAAGAAAAUCCCCCGUUGAGCUUCAUAACAAGCACAGUAGAUGUAUUGGCUUCACAGCAACUAUGUGAAAUGUUAAAAUCGUCUGGUCAUUCUACUUGUAGAAGAGGGAUUAAAUGCAUUUCAAUCCGGAGAAAUUUGAACAAUGCUUUAUUGUACCAGGCAUACAUUCUUUCAUAUUGCAAUAUUGCUGUUUGCGGCUUGGAGUCCAUCUUGCCAAGAUGAGACAUAUCCCCCCCCUUUGGGAGUCCAGACACUGGUGGUGGUGGUAGAGAAUGAGUUGCUCCACUCUCCUGAUGUGCCAGGUUCUGCUGUAGAUUGGAGGUGUCAGGGGAGGUGGCUGGUUUACGGUAACGCCACCGGCGUCUGGUUGGCCGGUACUACCCGACUCCGCCCCUAAUCAGCUGGCCGUGCACCCACAGGGCGAGAGGAGGCCACCAGGGGAACGGCACGGCCUGAGCUGCAUUUACAUCAUCAUUAAAUGUGUGCACAUGCACGCACUCACUGGUGUGUAACAUGUAGCUGCACAUUUUGACUGAGCUUCUGCAGAUGUGAGAGUGUCCAUCUUUGGUCCAGUGAUGUGUGGUUUUACGCUGAUAGUCCAGCUCCCUCUUCUGUUACGCCCCCAGAAACAAACUGCAGUUGAGGCAUUUGUGUUGGAGAUUUGUUUGUGUUAAUGUCUGGUUUGGCAGUGAGCCCUGCUCAAUAGCAAGUAAUCAGGAGAAUGUAAUAAUUGGUUCUACUUCAGCCUCUCUUUGUUGAGUUUGAGUGCAGUGUCCUAUUUGUUUAUGCAUGCACAGUUGAUGCAUUAAAAAGCCUUAUGGGGUGUGUACAAACGAAUUCAAGUAAUUAAAGGAAACUGGAUUUUUAUACACAUGCUUCUAAUUUGUUAGUGAGUUAUUUUUUUAACAAUACUUUAAAUGGAGUAGUUUGAAUUAAACCUGUAGUUUAGUGAAUUUACAGUUUUAGAGCAAUAAGCAAACUAAUGCUGUAAGGAAAAACAAAACCCGAAAUGAUUUCACACCACAAUGGUAAACAUCCACACCUGUUUCCUUUUGCCUCCAGUUUGCAGCAUCGUAGCCAACAGCCUACGUCACAAACAGCCCAGAAUGACAACUUCCAUAUUUUGGCUGGACCUCUUCACUGACAGUGACUGUUACAAACUUUGAAAGGAGCAAGAAAAGAAUCCUCGGUGGACCAGAGAAACCAAUAGGUAGCUGCUCCGGUGUGUGCCAUGCGUGUUUUAUCAGUACAAUCGGUUGUGUUUUAGAAUAAUUGUCGUACUUGUCUUUAGAGCAACACUGACCGCUUGAAGGAUCUGAGAUGGAGGGCAUUGUCUCACAAUGAUUGGACCAGCUGUUUCUUUUUAUAUUGUACAGAUUUGACUUCUUUAUACGUUUUAUUAUUGCAGCACGGUUAUCACUGUCGUCCGACAAAAAAAAAAAAAAAAAAAAAGAUUCUCAAACAGGCAAGCUGGUUUUGGCCGUUUUGAGUGGAGUUUGCACUUUCUCCCUAUGUGGGUUUUCUCCGGGUCCUCCUGCUUCCUCCCACAGUUCAAAGACAUAUAGGUUACUUGUAGGUUGCCCGUAGGCGGGAAAAUUAUUACCACAGUGGAAAUUUGCCAUCACAGUAAGAGGGAAAAUGUUGCCCAAUGUCAGCUGUGAUUGGCUCCAGCCCCUCGCAACCCUGUGAGCAGAAGUAGUUACGAAUGAUUGAUGAAAGGUAAUAUUAUUAUAAAAGUGUGAUAGAUGAUGGAUGUAUGAAACCCCUUUUAUUCUGUAAUGAUAGCGACAUCUUGCAGCUGCGCCAGCGCGACAGACAGAAAAGCACAUGUGUAGCUAAUAAAAAUUAUGAAUGAUGGUUGAAUAGAUUUAUGAAUUGAAUAUUGAUUUAAAUUUAGUUUUGUUCAUUUUAGGUUAUUCUGCAUGCUGGCUCAAUUUCACACUAUCAUGGCUUAUUGUAACACUUGAAUAAAACCCAGCCAUUGGUAAUGUUGUGAGUAACACCUGUGCUUUUUCUACAAUGCAAGGGCAAAAUGUUAUAACACCUAUUAUAGUGGCAUUUUGUGAUUUUUAUUCAUUAUAAAAUGUGGUGAGGAUAAAAAGGCUGCAAACAAUCUGCUUUCUUACUGUUAUGUGAUCUGCUAUAGUACUGAGAACUCCACACAUCUACUGGAGCUUGUGUGUGCACAUUGUUGGGAUUCAUCCAAAAUGAACUACAGAUAUAAAGGUAUUCACUAAUUGUUCAUCAACCACCACACAGCAUACUUUUUUAAGUUUCUGCUUUGUUUCAAACCGCUUAAAUUACCGUGAACAGUAAUACCUGUAAUUAAUAACAUGAAUGAUGGCUGCAUCACAUUUUUAUGCUUUCAGGUUCCGAAAAAGUAUUAUUUACACCUGUGCUUUCUGCGUGAUGGAAGUUAAAAUGUUUACUGUGAACAAUGUCAA